CGGGAUAAUUAUAGUAUUGCAUGGGACUAUUUUGAGACUGAAGAGACAGAAAAAGGUUUUUUUAAUGUCUGUCGAUUAUGUAAAGAAAAGAACAUUACAAUCAAAUAUGUACAUAACUCUUCAACUAGAAACAUGCUUGGUUACCUUUGGUCCAAGCAUCGAAUCGAUAAAGAUCAUUCUGAUAGAAUGAAUACGGAUAGUACAAUUGUUAAAGCAAUGCAUAUUAUUACUAAACGUCGACAAAAAAGACUAGCACAAGAUUUGGUUGAGUUUAUCAUUGAAAAUUGUCAACCUUUAAAUAUUUUGCAUUGUCAAUCUUUUCGUCGAUUUUUAAAUGAUCUAGAACCUGGAUUUCGGAUUCCCUGUAAAAUAACAACAAAAAAAAUGAUUAAUCAAGCUUACGAUUGGAGUCAUGACCAAUUAUUUGGUAUGAUGAAUGUAGAUGGUGAAUCUAUUAAUUUGACCACAGAUUUGUGGAGUUUAAGAACAAAUAAAGGAUACAUCAGAGUUAUAGCAAC